AGUAAUUAUUGUUUCUAUGGUAACAGAAACACUCAAGAUGGCGGAGGACGAAGUUUAUUAUCUUAAAGAAGGUACAGUAGAACUGGAUAGUGAUGAUGGAUACAGCUACAAAGAAAUUGCUGUUCUUGAAGAAGGUGCACUCUUGUCCUCAGAUGGAGAAGAGGACUAUGACGUUACAAUUCAGCAGAUUGAAAUGUCGAAAUCAGUACAACUGCCAACAGGGGAAAAAGAGGAUGGUCCUAGUGGAGCAGAAAAGGCUCCAGUUCCUAACUGUGAGGUUGUUGAAGAUUUUGUGAGGAAUUUCCUUGUGUCAAUGGGCCUUCAGCAAACAGCACAUUCCUUUCAAACUGAAUGGUAUGAGUUAUCUGUUACCGGUCAGCUUGGCGAUCAACAUAAAUACACUGUUCCUGACGUCUAUGCUCAAAAUCGUAUUCUUUAUCAAAAAUUAGAAGCUCUCCAAGCACAAUUAAAGGGAUUUGAGAAAGCAGCAAAGGAUGCUAAAGAAAAGUAUGUGAGACUCAGAAAAGAGCGAGAUUAUCAUCGCAUGCACCACCGCAAGGUUCUUCAGGAAAAGGAAAAGUUGAUGUCAGAUAUUAAAAGAGUCAAGGAUCAUUUCUCUGUGUACGAGCCAGUCUUAAAAGACCUUCACAACAAAUACGAAAUGGCUACAAGAGAAAAACUUUUGACAAGCUUGGAAAGAGACAAAGCCAUUGCUGAAGUUGAAUGCUUGCAAGCCACGCUUCAGUCUCUAAGACCUUUAUCACAUUCAUCAGCAAAAACACCAACAGGCAAGCAACCACUGCCACCAAUCAGUAGCAAGCAAAGCUCUCCAGAAGCUAAAACUUUCAAGUCACUUCCAGUAGAACCUGCAAAUCCUUAUCGUCAUGCAACAACGCUGCCUUCAAGCACUCAUCUGACACGCACAGGAGGUUUUCAACUCAUUGGAACAAUUGAUGCACAUGACUAUUCAAUAUCAGCUGUUGCACUUCAUCCAACCAAGAGUAUACUGGCAACUGGAAGUGAUGAUCACACAUGGAGGAUAUGGGCCAUACCUAAUGGCGAACACAUCAUGACUGGAGAGGGUCAUGAUGAUUGGAUCUCUUCUGUACAAUUUCAUCCAAAGGGUGACUUGCUAGCUAGUACAAGUGGAGAUGGUACAAUCAAAUUGUGGAAUCUCUCGCAAUCAAUGUCCACCUUAACACUGUCUGAUCAUAGGCAGCCCGUGUGGGGUUGUAGCUGGCAUUGGUCUGGUAAGAUACUCUCUUCAGGAGGAAUGGAUCAUUGCUGCAGAAUAUGGGACAUUGAGAGCUCUCAGUGCAUCCUUACUCUAAGAGGUCACAAUGACUCUGUCAAUGCUGUGCACUUCUUGCCUUAUUCUAACACUGUUGCUACAUGCUCUGCUGAUAAGACUGUCUCAUUAUGGGACAUUAGGACUGGUUUGUGUAAUCAGACAUUUUAUGAUCAUCACAAUUCCUGUAAUGCCAUACUAGCAAACCAUCAAGCUACUGUCCUGUACUCCACUGACUGCUUUGGCAUUACUUUCAAGUGGGAUCUGAGAAAGAACACACAGACUGCACUGUGGGAUCUGGGACCAUUCCCUAUCAAUGGCAUGGCUAUUGAUCCAGCAGGGACGGUAUUAGCUUGUGGGUCAGGAUCAGGGAAGAUAAGUCUAGUUGAGCAGAUCAAGGGACAGAUCUCACACUUAGAAGUGCCUGGGAGCACUGAAGCUUUAUGCUAUGGACACAAAGCAGACACACUCUACUCAGUCGGUAGUACUGGAAACAUUGCAGUGUGGCAAUAACACACAUUAUGACUCUGCUGAUGAUGAUGAUGUGAUGAAUAGUAUUGAUGUUAUACUGUUAUUGGAUGAGAGAGUUAUUAUAGUC